GUCGGAUCACUGCUCAAAGCUCUUCACAGGACGUCGGUGAAGCUCUCGGUCUAAGAUGGAGCUGCAACUUCUGUUAAUGGCAUCAUUGUUGGCCGUCUUCGGCAGCAGCUGGGCACAACAAGAUGGAAGUAUAUGCAUCAAGGCAAAUGCACAGUCAUGUGGGGAAUGCAUCCAGAUCUCAGAAACAUGCGGUUGGUGCUCGGAUGAGAAUUUCCGAACUGAGUUCGUGUCAACCCGCUGUGAUGAUCUGGAGUCCCUGAAGAAAAGAAGAUGCAAAAUAAUUGAGAACCCACGUGGCCAUUUCAUCAUUAACAAAAACAUACCAGUUACUGUUCGAAGUAAAGGCGUGACAGAGAAACUGAAGCCUGAGCAGAUCACCCAGAUACAACCUCAGAAACUCACCCUGAACCUCAGAUCUGGUGAAGCGCAGACGUUUGAGCUGAAAUUCAAGCGGGCGGAUUACCCCAUUGACCUGUACUACCUCAUGGACCUCUCCUCCUCGAUGAUAGAUGAUUUGGAAAAUGUGAAGAACCUUGGUACUCAACUCAUGAAAGAAAUGCAGGAAAUCACUUCGGACUUCAGGAUCGGGUUUGGGUCCAUCAGCCCAACACCAGCCAGGCUACUCAAACCCUGCCAGGGGAACCAGAACUGCAGCAUCCCCUUCAGCUUUAAGAAUGUCCUCCGGUUGACUGACAAUGGAGAUGAAUUCAAUCGUCUGGUCAGUCAGCAGCAGAUUUCAGGAAACCCGACCUCCCCUGAGGGGGUUUUUGAUGCCCUCAUGCAGGUGGCGGUGUGCGAGGAGCAAAUCGGCUGGAGGAACGUGACUCGUCUGCUCGUCUUUUCCACUGACGCCGGUUUCCAGUUUGCAGGAGAUGGCAAACCGGGCGGCAUCGUCCUUCCCAACAACGGGAGGUGUCACCUGGAAAACAACAUGUACACUAUGAGCCACUCCCAUGAUUACCCUUCCAUUGCUCAUCUGGUUCAGAAACUGGGUGACCACAACAUCCAGACCAUCUUUGCUGUAACUGAAGAGUUCCAGCCUGUUUACAAGGAGCUGGAAAAUCUUAUUCCCAAGUCCCAAGUUGGCACUCUGUCCUCCAACUCCAGCAAUGUGAUAAAACUUAUCAUUGAUGCUUAUAAUUUAUUGUCGUCUGAGGUAAUUCUGGAGAAUAGUAAGCUGCCAGAGGGAGUCUCCAUCACCUACAAGUCCAUCUGUAAGGACGGUGCCGUGGGAACUGGCGAGAACGGCAGGAAGUGCUUAGAUAUCUCCUUCGGGGACGAGGUGCAUUUCAACAUUUCCAUUGAAGCCCAGAAGUGUCCUCUGCAUGGGAAGACGGAGGUCAUCACAAUUAAACCACUUGGCUUCAAUGAGGAGGUGGAAGUGGUUCUGAAUUUUAUCUGCGACUGUCAGUGCGCUGCAAACGGAGAACCAAACAGCGCAAAGUGCGAUGGCAACGGGACCUUUGAGUGUGGAGCCUGCGAGUGUAAUGAAGGACGUAUGGGGCGAGUUUGUGAGUGCAGCAAAUUUGACGAGUGGGCAGAAGUCGGGGAUGCAAACUGCCGAAACGGUCCAGAUAUCUGCAGCAACAAUGGCGACUGUGUCUGCGGUCACUGCGAAUGCAAGAAGCGGGAUAAUCCUAAAGAACGUUACAGUGGCCAGUUCUGUGAGUGUGACAACUUCAACUGUGACCGCGCCAACAACAAGCUCUGCGGAGGACAUGGUCGCUGUGAUUGCAGGGUUUGCGUUUGUGAUCGACACUACACUGGCAGUGCCUGCGACUGUUCCCUGGAUACCUCCACCUGUCUGGCCAAGAACGGACAGAUCUGUAACGGGCGAGGUAACUGCGUAUGUGGGUCCUGCAGGUGUACCAACUCCAACUUCCAAGGGCCGACCUGUGAGCUCUGUCCUACCUGCCCCGGCGUCUGCACAGAGCACAAGGAUUGUGUGCAGUGUCGAGCGUUCCAGGCUGGCGAGAGGAAAGACAGAUGCGAGCAAGAGUGCAGCUACUUUGAGCUGGUGAAGGUGAAGGGUCGUGAUAAGCUGCCCGUUCCCACGGACCAGAGCUUCCCACUGUCCCACUGCAAGGAGAGAGACGCCAACGACUGCUGGUUCUACUUCACCUACGCCAUCAGGAACGGCAUGAAGGAGGUCUAUGUUGUGGAGGAGCCAGAAUGUGCUGUCCAGGCCCGGGGACCAGCGUCCAGCUCCAACAGUGCCUUUUCCUUCCCCCAGUUUUUUUUUCUGUUGCCUUUUUGUUUAAUUUUUUCUGCCAGUUGUUUUCCCGUCAGCUGGCAUCUUGUCCGGCAUUCCGACACAUAAACGAAUUCCAGACUGUGAUCAUAAAACUAUACGUUUUUAUCGCUGCUGUGUGCCGUCGCUUAGCUUGCCACGCGUGUCGGUUGUGGGUCUGUACGUUUUCAUGCGGUCGUACUGAUUCGGACUAAACUGUUUUAAUUCAGAGAUUUAGUUUCCUGGAGAACUGAAGAAAACCGAAGACACAUCCUACAGAUUGUACAUAGGUUCUGAGCGCCAUUUUCUAUAGAAAAAAAAGACACCAGUGCUGCAGUAUCCUUUCUGGGCAAGAAUCAAACAGGCGGUUGCCGUUCAGAGAAACACAGGGUGCCGCUUCGGUUGCAAACGUAACCUGGACACGAAGAGCGUUUCUUUUCUAAACAGGGUAAAACAGACAACCUCAGAAUGAGUCACUAAUGAACCCAAUCGUGGAUCGAUGCCCUUCACUGGCAGACGGCGUGAUUGUUAAACCUUCGAUGCGUCCGGCAGCCCGAGAGUCAUGAGAAGGACUUAAGGCAUCUUUUAUUGGGCUCGCAGGAUGUGCCUCUUUUAAUCACUGCAAGGUUGCCAGGCAACCAGCAGAUGAAGGCUGGAGACGAUUAGUCAAAACAGUCAGAUGUGUUAAUUACAACACCCGUCUGUAGAAAAUGGGGAGGCUCAGCUGCUGGUAGUCAGACCAGGGAUGGCCGAGCUCAUGUCUCCUCCUGUUUCUGGACAGAUGAAACACUUCAUGAUGAUCAAAGGACAUAAGAAGGUUUUCUAUCACACAACCGUCCGCAGGAAAGCGAGAAACUAGUCUUAUAAAUUAAAUUAAAUUCAGUGCAGCAUAUCAGACUAUAAACAUAAAGGAGGUUAAUGCUGAAUCAGGAACAAACAUUUGAUAGCCAUUAAAUAUUGUGUGGUGCUUUAAUGAAAUAAUACCACAAGGGGGCGCUCUGUGGCAUGUUUUACUAAACUAUUGUAGGAAAUUCACUCUUAAGACAAACACUCAGAUGAUUUGAUUUAUAGUUUAAAAAAUGGCACUAUUAGCCCCUCUCCCCUGACGGAGCAGAAGAUUAAGGAACAUAAUAAAAAGAACAACACAUACACUCAGUGUUUACUUUGCAUAUCUGUAAAAUCAGGCUCUCGUCGUAAAAACGAUGUAGGUACAUAUCCAAAAAGUUUCAGUCACGUGUUAGAAGUGGUCUUAAGUGCAAAUAUACCAAUUAGUCUCUGUUAUUGCCUUUCUUUCUUUCUUUCUUUCUUUCUUUCUUUCUUUCUUUCUUUCUUUCUUUCUUUCUUUCUUUCUUUCUUUCUUUCUUUCUUUCUUUCUUUCUUUCUUUCUUUCUUUCUUUCUUUCUUUCUUUCUUUCUUUCUUUCUUUCUUUCUUUCUUUCUUUCUUUCUUUCUUAAUGGUCGCUCACUGAAAACAUCUAAUGUAAAAUGUCACGUCAUUAUUCACAGCCAAUAAUCAAUGCUCAAUUUUCCGAAUAUUUUCCAUGUAUUAGUAUUUUCAGGUUUGUUUGACGUCACAUCGUUUAAACAAAUGUGAACUAAAAGUAAAUCCGUUUGCGUGAAUCAGGUUUGUUCGAGUUACAUUUGUCACUCAAGUAACGUAAAAUUAAAACAAUAAAUAAAAAAUAAAACCCAGCUGAAGUAAAGAAUAUCUCUGACAUUGACCCCAGAAUCAUCGUUGCUUUUAUGUUCAUUAAACAUGUUUUUUUUUUAGUUUUUGUUUGAUAUGAAACCAACAAGAAGCUUUUACUUUCAUGUUCUGUAAGCACAGCAGAUAAUCAGCAUGUGUCCUGCUUGAUUUUCCUUCAUGUUUUUAUUUGAAUGUGUGUUUGUAUCUGAACUUUUUUUUGUAUUUCACAAAAUAAAGUUCUGUUUUAUGACAAUCACAAUAUACUUGAAA